AUGAACGACUCGUCGUCGAAAAAAAGAAAGUUCGUCAUCGAGUUUGUUGUUGGAGGCUCCAGCGCUGCUCUCGCCAGGUUUAUGUUUUUUUCUUUCAAAGUUUUUUUCCGUUUUAAAAAAAUUAUAAUUUUUUUAUGCCUUUCUUAAUAAAAAAAUUUUUGUAUUAAAAUUAUAAAAAAAGUAUAAAGUUCAGAACAAUCACUGCACCAAUCGAUCGCGUCAAGAUACUGCUGCAGUUGCAACAUGCACAAAAGACAAUCGCAGAAGAUAAAAGGUUUUUUCCGCGCACACUUUUUUCUUGAAAAUUCGGUAAUUUGUGAAAAGGUACAAAGGAAUCAUCGAUUGUUUCGUUCGCGUAGUCAAAGAACAAGGUCCACUUUCUCUAUGGAGAGGCAACGGCGUCAACGUUUUGCGUAUAUUUCCACAGCAGGCAUUCAACUUCGCUUUCAAGGUUGGCGAGUCGGAUCGGUAUAGAACUUGUUCAAAAUUAAAGUUAAUUUUUUUGAAACUGUAAGCAGGUAUUCCCCCCAGAAAGCCGUGGUAAAAAUGAGAAUAAAAUCUUUAAAAAAAUUGGCUUUUUUUCUAUUAAUUCCAAUCUAAAAGUUCUGGAUUCAGGACACUUACAAAGAAUUGCUCUUCAAAGGCUUGGACAAGAAAAAUGAUUUUUGGAAGUUCUUCGCUGGAAAUUUGUUGUCAGGAGGCGCGGCAGGAGCGACUAGCUUGUUCAUUAUUUACCCUCUGGACUUUGCGAGGUUUGUGACUUCUUAGAACUUGAACAUUAUGAAGAAAAAGAACCAAAAAAUUGGUGAAGAAAAAAAUACUAGAAUGUGUCAAUCAUCGAGUGUUGUUCCAAAGUCUCCUCGAAAAUUGUCUCAAUAAAUUUCUUAGUCGACCAGAAAAAUUUUUUUUAUACUUUGGAUCAAAUCUAGUUCCAGCCGUGUCUAUGUGACAAAAAAAAUGAGACGUCAAAAAAGAGUAAAAAGAUGGUUGAUCAAUUUUUCUGUCCCAGAACACGGCUUGCCACAGACAUCGGCAAAGGAAAGAACCGCGAAUUCACAGGCCUCGUCGACUGUACGAAGAAAAUCGUGGCUCACGAUGGAGUUCGCGGUCUCUACAGAGGCUUUUCCUCGUCAGUUCAAGUGUGUUUUGCAUUAAAAUAAAAUAAUAGGCAGUCUAAAACGAUAACAGGGAAUCUUCAUAUACCGCGCAUCCUACUUUGGACUCUUUGAUACGAUCAGUGCAGUGGUAGUGGAGGACCGGAAACAACUCAGCUUCUUGAAAGCCUGGAUCAUCGGACAAUUUACUGUCGUCACAUCUGGCCUUAUCUGCUAUCCAUGGGACACUGUUAGAAGGUUUUUUUUUCAUAGCAAACCAUCGAAAAAUUCAAAUGCUUCUAUUCGAACAGUUUGCAAAAUGUCCAAGAAGUGUACUGCAGUUCAAACAUUUUUUCUCAUUUUUAUCUGUGACUUAUGGGAGACCUUGACCAGCCAAUCUGAACGGCUGUUCGCGUGUUUCGAAAGUAUGAACUUUGAAAAAUGAAAGAAAAUUUCUAAGCCCUAUAGGUACCUGAAGGUUACCUAAUUUUGUUCUGUUAGGGAAAAAGGUACUCUUUCGCUGAGAAGUUCGAAUGAAAACAAGGAUUUCAAAUAUAGCUCAAAUAUCUGGAAGCGAAUUGAAAUUUUUGCAGAAGGAUGAUGAUGCAGAGCGGCCGCGGCGACGUCCUGUACAAAUCGACGAUGCAUUGUUGGCAGAAAAUACUCCAAGAAGAGGGUGCGAAGGCGUUCUACAAGGGCGCGCUGUCGAACGUCUUCAGGGGCAUGGGCAGUUCUCUGGUCCUCGCCUUCUACUCCGAAAUCAUGAAGCACAUGUAA